AGGUUUUGUAGUAGUUCAGGUUGGAUCCGGGAGGUGGCAGCACACCAGCCGGACGACCAUGAUGGCAUCCACGCUUUUCAUCAGCUGCAUGGCUCUGUUAGCACACUUUGGCGUUCGUCAGGCGAUGGCGGGCAGCCCGCCGUCCGACCACCUGUGGGACACGAAGCUGUACGAGCACAACGACACGCACUCAAUGCUGCACCUGAACCACACGGAGCUGGGGCUCCACGACGACUUUCUGGUUGCGAAUGAUGUCCUGCAGGAGAUGCCGUUCACUGCCAAAAGAGUAACUGCUGUGUUUGAAGGGCACGGAGAGGCCCUCACAUCACGAGGUACUACAAGCCCAGCUGCACCUCUCGCGCACGGAGAGACUUCACUAUCACUGUCACCCAAGGGGACAAGCAAAGAAGGGGAAACACCGGCUACCACAGCUGCCAUCUAUGAGCACAGUGCACAACCCUCCAGCGCAUUACUGUCCUCCCCUACGGCGGAGACAGUGGACUCGCCGGCGGCGGCAGCCGAGCCAGCGUCACCGUCCCCAGCCGCCGCUGGUGUCACCACUGCGCGGCUGGAGAUGACGGACGCCGCGCAGGCGACCGAAGAGGACUCGGCGUCGCUGGAGACGAGCAGCUCAGAAGAGGACGAAGAUGAGGACGACGCCGAGGCGCCGCCGACGCGUGUGAACGCGUCCUCGGUGGAUGUGGAGGACCGCGAGGCCGAAAUGGCCGCCACCAACAGCGAUCACAGGUGGAAGGUGACGACGUUUACUGUCGUCAUGUGCGCUGUUGUCAGCAGCGUCUUCGUCAUCAUGGUCGGCGUGUGGAUCCGGAGGAUGCGGCGAUUCGAAAACCGACGUUUGUUGGAAGAGGACGAUGAGGAGUUUACCGUCUUCAACGUCAUCGAUCACCACUACCCGGCGAGAAAGGUGGACCAGUACUCGCCGCUGCCGUGAGGACCGAAGCCAGCUCCGAAGCAGGCCCAGCACUCGCCGCUGCCGCGAAGAUAGAAGCUAGCUCCGAAGCAGACCCAGCACUCUCCGCUGCUGUGAGGACCGAAGCCAGCUCCGAAGCAGGCCCAGCACUCGCCGCUGCCGCGAAGAUAGAAGCUAGCUCCGAAGCAGACCCAGCACUCUCCGCUGCUGUGAGGACCGAAGCCAGCUCCGAAGCAGACCCAGGACUCGACGCAUGACGCCGGUGCUGCACAAACGCGAGAAUGCCGCGCGAUAAUGAGAGAGAAUCGCCACUCGAGGACCUCCGUUCCCAACAAGUAACGGUCGUGCACAUGCUUGUUCCGUGGGCAGGCCGGUUUAGUCGCCUUGUUCCGUGGCAGGCCGGUUCAGUGGCCUUGUUCCGUGGGCAGGCCGGUUCAGUGGCCUUGUUCCGUGGGCAGGCCGGUUCAGUGACCUUGUUCCGUGGGCAGGCCGGUUUAGUGGCCUUGUUCCGUGGGCAGGCCGGUUCAGUGACCUUGCUCCGUUGGCAGGCGGACCAGAACUGAAGUUCCGUACACUUGUGCACUGGGAGGACUGUAAUUUGCGUCAUUCUGCUUACGAUGGAUCACUGCACUGCUUCGCGCGAUGUCGUUAACCCGCCACAUCAUCUCUCGCACUGUCGCGUCUGUCCGCUCUCAACUGCAACAGUUUGUAAGAGAACUCUCGGAGAGUCUGCUGCAGGGCGGUAUGCGACUCCCUUGCGGCGAGCUGGCAGCUAAUUCCCAGUAGCCAGUGGGAGCAGCGCUGAAGAGGACCAAUGGCCGAGGCCUUCACAUGCGGCACCGCAGCUCUUCCCAGAGUCUCCUGUGUGCUGCUGCACACAGGCUACUAACACAGAGGAGUUCGUGAUGGUCAUGGAUGCCGUGUAAUAUUCAGGCUACUAACACAGAGGAGUUCGUGAUGGUCAUGGAUGCCGUGUAAUAUUCAGGCUACUAACACAGAGGAGUUCGUGAUGGUCAUGGAUGCCGUGUAAUAUUCAGGCUACUAACACAGAGGAGUUCGUGAUGGUCAUGGAUGCCGUGUAAUAUUCAGGCAGGAAUGUUGUUAUAUGUUUGGUUUUCAGGGCUGUACAACAUGUAGCUUUCAAAUAUCUUAUGUCGGCAUAUUAACACACUGAUCCAUUAAUACAUCUCUUAUCAGGG